GUGACUGAAUUCUGUAAAGAAGAAAACCAUAAUCGAGAUGCUCCAACUCUACAAAAUAUGAAAUGCGAAUAUAGAAGCACGUGGGAUGUAAUCAGCAGUUCUGAGGAUUUUCUUAGCAGCAUGCCAACAGAGACACCGCCCUUGCCACCCACCUUCUCACUGCUGAAAAUCAGUGAAAGAGUCAUUUGCCUAGUUCUUGAUGUGUCUGGGAGUAUGUCCGGUUAUGAUCGCCUCAAUCGAAUGAAUCAAGCAGCACAAUAUUUUGUAAUGCAAAUAAUUGAAGAUGGGUCCUGGGUAGGAAUGGUGCACUUCCAUAUCCAGGCCAGUAUCAAAAGUCAGCUGAUCCAAAUACAUAAUGACACCCAGAGAAGCCAGCUUCUGAAAUACUUGCCUAAAGUUGCCUCUGGAGGGACCUCCAUCUGCUCUGGAAUCCAGUCAGCAUUUGAGGUAUUUAAAACUGGAGGUUUCCAAAAAGAUGGGGCUGAAAUUGUGCUGUUGAGUGAUGGAGAAGACAGCUCUUCAAAAAUCUGUAUUAAUGAGGUUAAAGAGAGUGGGUCCAUAGUUCGUUUCAUUCCCUUAGGACCAACUCCUGAUGAAGGUGUAAUAAACAUGACUGUGCUAACAGGAGGCAAUCAUUUACCUGCUUCAGAUGAAGCACAGAACAAUGGUCUCAUUGACUCUUUUGGGGCCCUUGCUUCAGAAAAUGCCGAUGUCACCCAGAAGUCAAUUCAGCUUGAAAGUAAGGGAGUCAUAUUGAAUACUAAUCUCUGGCUGAAUGACACUGUAGUAAUUGACAGCACAGUGGGAAAGGACACAUUCUUUCUUGUCACCUGGAAGACAACAGCUCCUGGCAUUUCUCUAUGGGAUCCAAAAGGAACACAAAUCACAAAUUUCACAAUGGACACGGCUUCCAAAAUGGCCUAUUUCAGUGUCCCAGGAAUAGCUCAGGUGGGUACUUGGACUUACAACCUUGAAGCCAAAACAAACCAAGAAAUACUAACAAUUACAGUAAACUCCCGGGCAGCAAAUUUUUCUGUGCCACCAAUUACUGUUAAUGCUAAAAUGAACAGAGACACCAGCAGUUUCCCCAGCCCUAUGAUCGUUUAUGCAGAAGUCCUACAAGGGUACAUACCCAUCAUUGGAGCCCAUGUGACAGCUAUCAUAGAAUCAAUUACUGGAAAAAUAACAGAGCUGGAGCUGUUGGAUAAUGGUGCAGGGGCUGAUGCUUUCAAGAAUGAUGGUGUUUACUCCAGGUACUUCACAGCUUCAGAAAAUGGCAGCUAUAGCUUAAAAGUACGGGCUGAUGGAGGAGCAAAUUCUGCCAGGAGAAGCUUACAGCAUCUGUCCGGCAGGGCUGCCUACAUACCCGGCUGGGUAGUGGAUGGCAAAAUUGAAGGGAACGAACCCAGACCUGAAACAACCGAGGAUACUCAGCCAGUCCUGGAGAAUUUCAGAAGAACAGCAACUGGAAAUGGAUUUGUGGUACCCUAUGUUCCAUCUGGUCCAUUGUCUGACCAGUACCCCCCAAGCCAAAUCACAGACCUCCAGGCCGUACGUGAUGGGGAAGAGAUCACUCUAACAUGGACAGCACCUGGAGACGAUUUCGAUGUUGGAAAAGUUCAACAGUAUAUCAUAAGAAUAAGUGAAAAUGUCACUGACCUAAGAGACAAUUUUGACGGGGCUCUUCAAGUUAAUACGACUAACCUACUGCCCAAUGAAGCCAACUCCAAGGAAACCUUUGCCUUUAAACCAGAAAACAUCUCAGAAGAAAAUGCAACCUACAUAUUCAUUGCCAUUAAAAGUGUCGACAAAAGCAAUUUGAGUUCAAAACUGUCCAACAUAGCACAAGUGGAACUAUUCACCCCUCAAGCAGAGCCUAGUCCUGACAGUCCUGAUGGAAGUCCACACUCUGGAGUUAGUAUUUCCACUAUAGUGCUGUCUGUGGUGGGCGCUGUUGUACUGGUUUGUAUUAUUGUAAGUGCCACUGUUUGUAUUUUAAAGAACAGAAGAUCCUCAUCAAGAGCUGUAACAACAUUUUGA